CUCUGAACCAAACACUGAAGACUCCAAUAUGUCAACACUUCAUCGAAGUGCCAUAGUCGCCGUUGUAUUCACUGCCUGCUUGGCCUUCGCAGCCGCGCAGAACAGCGUCGUUCAAGACGACACAACUGCCAAUUGGCCGUCCCUGAACUUCCAGUUCUUGAUCAAACGCGCUGCAACGGAAGUCCACGGUCAAUCCGAGUUUUCGGUUCUCGCCAAUCCCAUCGUAUCAAGCGACAAUAGCAGCGUGUUCUACAACUCGUUCACGUCGUUCGAAGAAGAUGGAAUGCUCUACAACUACUCUCUUGUGGAUGGAGUGGCCUACGUCUCUCACAGUUUCAUGGACGACAGCGAGAACCCACAGGUGCAAUGUAUGGACACGAAUAUCCUCCCGCCUGUCAACGCAAUCGUAGCUGCGUUGAGUGACGCGGAGGCUGUUUCAACCAUUCUGACAAGUAAAGGCAAGGCUAUCUCGUGUUUAAGUGGAAAUUCCUUCAAGACAUCGGUGCAUGGCAUCGAAUUUGGCCUCUGCUUCUCAGGUUCUUCAGGUUUCACGAUGUAUGGUAGCGAUAUGGAUAUCAAAGUGGAGUACGUGGAGAAUCACACGCCCAUCUUGGCACCAAAUGUUGAUAAAAGCGCUGAAAUCCACUGCGAAAAGGUGGCGUCGCCCACUACAGUGACUUCUCUCGGGAAGUCCUUCCUGACCGGGGAACAGAUUUCCGCCGAUACGAGAAAUUUGAAGGCAGCUUUUGACUUAUUCUCGAUGGACGAUACCUGUUCAUGCAAGUCGGAGCCGCGUCCGUGCGUUUUCAUCCAUGGUUUGGGUGUUCUAGUUGAGGAGGAGGAGAAUCUCGAUACGUACGAUUAUUGGGGUAAUAUGACCGGCCACACACCGUGCUGUUCGACGACGAAAUACACCGUGCUUAACACGGUAAAUAACUCCUGGACGGACCAUAUUCAGCAACAAAAAGUGUGCGAUCACAUCCUUGCAGUGAGUGAGACAAGCAAGGGAACAAAAGUGUCCGACACAAUUAUCGUUUCGCACUCCAUGGGUGGACUCAUGGUCGCUGGAGCGAUCGCAAACGGACUGUGCAGUCUUGAUAAAAGCACGACGUGGGUCAGCACAGGAUCGCCUAUUACUGGGAGCAUGGCGUCGGACUAUUUCCAGGAAUCCUGCAAGGACCAGACCAAUGUGUUCAUGGAGAGAUUCGUGGAAACCACUGGCUUUUGUCCUGCAGACGACGGGAUCAAGUCUCUGGCAUAUAUACACGAAGGCUACAGUAAUCCUGUAUUGGACGUGGCCUACGAGGCUGCACAGAAGGCAUAUCGAGAGAAUGUGUACGCUCUGAUGUGCAGUAACAGUUAUUCCGGAAUCCUUUCGUCGUAUCAGGUUGGUUUCUGGGUACUGGGGAGCGUGGUCUCGCACAAGUCACGCAAAAACGACGGGAUGGUAGAAUUCCACAGCUGCGCCGGUGGGUUUCCAGCAUCCAAGUUUGGAAAUGAUUAUCGUGAUCGUUUCUACGCGUCAAAGCUCAACCACUAUGAUGUAGCUUUCAAGGGGGGUGACGCCCUUUUGGACAAAACAAAGAUGCCAGUGAAGUGGUUUGAGUGCCUGCUGUAGGAUAGCAUGUAAAGGCGUAAUAGAUUAGAGC